CCGCCCCUCCGCCCCUCCCUCCUCCCCGCGUCCCUCCGCGCCCGGCUGGAGGCUGCUCCGGACCGGGACGCAGAGUGCGCGGACCCGGCUGCGAGGCGGCCCCCGGAGACGCGGCGCGCAAGCCCCGGCCCGCGCAGCCCGGCCUGGCCAUGGCGGCCCCCCGCCCGCCGCCCGCCAUCUCCGUCUCGGUCUCGGCUCCGGUUUUUUACGCCCCGCAGAAGAAGUUUGGCCCGGUGGUGGCCCCAAAGCCCAAAGUGAAUCCUUUCCGGCCUGGGGACAACGAGACUCCCCCGGCCGCCGGGGCCCAACGCGCACAGAUCGGCCGGGUGGGCGAGAUCCCCCCUCCGCCCGUGGAAGACUUUCCUUUACCCCCGCCUCCCCUCCUUGGGGAUGGCGACGACGCUGAGGGCGCUCUGGGAGGUGCCUUUCCACCCCCGCCGCCCCCGAUUGAGGAGCCAUUUCCCCCUGCGCCCCUGGAGGAGGAGAUCUUCCCUUCCCCGCCGCCUCCGCUGGAGGAGGAGGGAAGGCCGGAGGCCCCCAUACCGCUCCCACCACAGCCCAGGGAGAAGGUGAGCAGUAUUGAUUUGGAGAUCGACUCUCUGUCCUCACUGCUGGAUGACAUGACGAGGAAUGAUCCCUUCAAGGCCCGGGUGUCAUCUGGAUAUGUGCCCCCACCAGUUGCUACUCCAUUCAUUCCCAAGUCCAGUACUAAGCCUGCAACUGGGGGCACAGUACCCUUGCCUCCUUGGAAGUCCCCUUCUAGCUCCCAGCCUGUGCCCCAGGCUCAGGUUCAGCCUCCAAGCCAGACCCAGUUCCAUGUGCAGCCCCAGGCCAAGCCUCAUGUCCAGCUCCACGUGCAGCCCCAGGCCCAGGCCCAUCCCCAGCCUGUGGCUUUGGCUAAUACUCAGCCUCGAGGACCCCCAGCCCCAUCUCCAGCCCCUAAGUUUUCUCCAGUGACUCCCAAGUUUACUCCUGUGGCUUCUAAGUUCAGCCCUGGAGCCCCAGGUGGAACUGGGUCACAGCCUAGUCAGAAGUUGGGGCCCCUUGAAGCUCCCUCUUCUACUGCCACAGGCUCCCCUCAGCCCCCCAGCUUCACCUAUGCUCAGCAGAGGGAGAAACCCCAAGUGCAAGAGAAGCAGCACCCGGUGCCCCCGCCGGCUCCAAACCAAAAUCAGGUGCGCUCCCACGGGGCCCCAGGGCCUCUGACCAUGAAGGAGGUGGAGGAGCUGGAGCAGCUGACCCAGCAGCUGAUGCAGGACAUGGAGCACCCUCAGAGGCAGAAUGUGGCAGUCCAUGAGUCCUGUGGCCGGUGUCACCAGCCCCUGGCACGGGCACAGCCUGCAGUUCGUGCUCUGGGGCAGCUGUUCCACAUCACCUGCUUUACCUGUCACCAGUGUGAGCAGCAGCUGCAAGGACAGCAGUUCUACAGCCUGGAGGGGGCACCAUACUGUGAGGGCUGCUACACUGACACCCUGGAGAAGUGCAACACCUGUGGGCAGCCCAUCACUGACCGAAUGCUGAGGGCCACGGGCAAAGCCUACCACCCGCAGUGCUUCACCUGUGUGGUCUGCGCCUGCCCCCUGGAGGGCACCUCCUUCAUUGUGGACCAGGCCAACCGGCCCCACUGUGUGCCUGACUACCACAAGCAGUAUGCCCCCAGGUGCUCUGUCUGCGCGGAGCCCAUCAUGCCUGAGCCUGGCCGUGAGGAGACCGUGCGCGUGGUUGCUCUGGACAAGAACUUCCACAUGAAGUGCUACAAGUGUGAGGACUGUGGGAAGCCGCUGUCCAUUGAGGCAGACGACAACGGCUGCUUUCCCCUGGACGGUCAUGUGCUCUGCCGGAAGUGCCACACUGCCAGAGCCCAGACCUGAGUGAGGACUGGCCGCCUUCUCAACUGCGAGUCUGUUCCCCACAGUGGGCCACCCAUACUGAGACCACCCUCCCCUCCCCUGCCUGCCCCCAGUUACUUUUGAUGUCCAGCCCCUCCAUCCACACCAAACCCAUCCCCAUAUUCCUAGUGCCCUGAUCCAGGGCCCCCGUGUAGCGUAGGGCUGCAGAGGCCCUGGGUUUCUAGUCCUCCCCCAUCCUGCAGGGACCACCCACCUUCUUCCAGGUACCCCACCUUAGGGGGCGCUAGGUUGCACGCUGCUUUCACUGCUGCACCGAUGCCCUUGGCUGGCCCCUGAGCAGCCUCCUACUCCGCUUGCUGAGGGCCAGGGGACGCCCUGCUCCCCGGGAGGCUGGGCUGGGUUGCCCUGCCUCGAUAUUCCUACCUGCCCUUGUGCUGCCAGGUUGUGGCUACAGCUACAAAUAAACCUUGUUUUCCAGAA